AUGAGGUGAUUUUUGAAUAUUUAAAAAAUCUUGGAUAGGAAUAAGAUUGGUAGUUUUUUUUUGUUGAAUUGGAAGAUUUGAAGGUUUUUUUCGUCUUAUCACCGGAUUUUUAAUAUAAGAUUUCCAUGGACUUUUUUUAUUUUCUUUCAUUUUUUUCAUCCAUUUUUGUUAUUUUUCCAGUUCUCCUGGAGCCAGAACGGCGUCGGUUAGAAAGAACCCCAAUCUCGAUAAAUUUGACAAGAGCAGGUUCCUUUUUUUCCGUUUUGUAUUUUUUUAGCUAGUUUUUGUAAUUUCCAGAACCUCCCAGAAGAGCACUAUGACUGCAUCGAGGUGAAUCCAAUUUUCCUCAGUUGAAAAAAAAAAUUGAACAUUUCAGAACUCCAAGCAAAAGCUCGAAAGAGGCGAUCAAAAACAAGUGAGCCCCACAAAAGAAACAAUGCGCCCUUCAUAUUUAUUCCAACUAUCAUUUCUUUCUUCACUGUAUUUUUCUUCCCGCCCCCUUUUACAAGCAGAAUAAAGGAUGUUUCUGAACUUUGUGCCAGAAUUGAGCAACAAAAAUUACUCAUAAUAUGAUUUUUUGCGACCUUGAAGGUCGCAAGGAGAACAUGUAAAAGUUGGUUCUAAAGUGAGCGGGUCGUGAAAAAGUGCGACCGACUUAAAAGCUACUUCAUUUUUUUCAAUAUAAUUUUUUUACGUUAAUCGCAACGCUUUGAGCCAUUCCAAGUGCGACCAAGAGUUUGCAAUAAGCAUGGAAAAAACAAGUUGACUGUUUUCUGCCCUGGUUUUAUCGCUGUUUAAAAUAUCCUUGUAAAAAUCCGAUUUUUUUCGAUUUUGAGGUGUUGGUCGCAGGGAGAAUGGUUAAGAGGGUCUUGAAAAGUGCAACCGACCUAAAACUACUUACGAGCUUCAGUAUUUGAUCUUGUUCGCUUUAUUACGUUCUCCGCUACGCUUUAAGCCAUUCGAAAUGCGACCAGGAGUUUUGGAAAAAAAGUUUGGAAAAAAAAAACAAGUUUUUUUCUGUCCUCGUUUAAUGGUUCACAAGGAUCCCUGUAACUUCGAUUUUUCUAGAUUUCUAGGCGUUGGUCACACGGAGAAUGGUUGAGCGGGUCGGGAAAAGUGCAACCGACCCAAAGCUACUUGCGAUUUCAUGUCUUUUGUGUUUUGGUUACGUUCACCGCAACGCUGUGAGCCAUUCCAAGUACGACCAAGAGUUUGCAAUAAGCUUUGAAAAAAAAAAAAACAAGUUGACUGUUUUCUGUCCCGGUUUCAUCUCUGUCUGAAUUAUCUUUGUAAGUUUCCGAAUUUUUUAGAUUUCUAGGCGUUGGUCACACGGAGAAUGGUUCAAAAAAAAGUGCAACCGACCCAAAACUACUUACGAGCUUCAGUAUUUGAUGAUGUUCCCUUGAUUACGUUCUCCGCAACGCGUUGAGCCAUUCCAAGUGCAGCCAGGGCUUUCGGAAAAACAAUUGAGAAAUUAAGCCCAUUAAAAAAGCGGUUUUUUUUUCUCCAUGUUUCAUCGCUUUCAAACUCCUCCUGUGAAAAAUACGUUUCAAUCAAUUCAUAAAAAGAUAGCUUGGUACGUUGGCUCAUUCAACGACAAGUUUUCGGCUUUACGAAAAAAAAAUCAAUUUAAAGGUGCAUCAGUAAAAAUUGCGACUUUACCCCGAUGAGAAGAAUUUCUAGCCUAGGAAACGCUUCGAAAAAAAAGUGAAUAGUUUUGGAUGCCUUUUUUGAAAGUUUAUGUGCAGUUAAUUAGUUUUAUGUCACUUUUUUUGAUUACUGUAUUUUUCUUUUCAGGACCAAUGAAGAUAAACCUACUCUGGUAGAUACCCCGGCGAAGAACAAGUAAGGGAUACUGUAAGCUUUUUAGGAUUAAUUUUUUUUUAGGGAUUCGAAAAAGAAAGUCGGCUCCAAGGAAGCUCCUCACAAUAAGAAAGCCGAGAUCAAGAAGGAGUAAGGGUUAAUGUAGCGAUUUUAAAGUUACGGUAUCUGUUUUAGUGAUCCAACGCAGGACCCGGUUUCCAGAGAGACUUCUCAUCAUAAUGAAACGGAAGAGAAACCUAAGAAGCUGAAAAAGAACUAUGGGUUACUGUAGAUUUUUUUCAGAAAGACUUUUAAUUUUUAUAGAGAUCCGGUCAAGAAAAAAACGGUUCCAAAGAAGUUUCUCAUGACAAGAAAGCUGAGAAAAAGAGAGAGUAAGGGUUACUGUAGCUUUUUAAGAUUACUGUAAUUUUAUUCAGUGAUCGAACCCAGGACUCUGUUUCCAGAGAACAUUCUCCUCGUAAGAAAAACAGAAAAAAAGUCUGAGAACCUGGGAAAGAAAGAGUAUGGGUUACGGUAGACUUUACCAGGUUACUGUAUUUUGUUUUUCAGAGACCUUUUAAAGGCAACUGGCUCCAAAGAGGCUUCUAGUAUCGAUAGACAGGAAGGCAACCCGAAGGAAAUAGAAAAGAAAAAGUAUAUAUUACUGUAACUAAUUUGAAAUUACCGUAGUAUUUCCCAGAGAUAAAACAUCAAAAGAAGGCUCGAAAGAGGUUUCUCAUGACAAGAUAGCUGAGAAGUUGAAAAAGAAAGAGUGAGGGUUACUGUAGCUUCUCAAAGUUACCGUAUUUUUUUCAGUGAUCCAACGCAGGACUCAGUCUCUAGGGAAAUUUCUCCUCGUAAGAAAACAGAAGAAAAAUCCGAAAAGCUAGAGAAGAAAAAGUGAGGAUUACUGUAGGCUUCUCAUGGAUACUGUGGCUUUUUUAUAGAGAUCCGGUCAAGAGAAACGAUUCCAAAGAGGGUUCUCAUGAUAAGAAAGCUGAGAAAAAGAAAGAGUGAGGGUUACUGUAGCGCUUGCAGGAAUACUGUAGAUGAUUUCAGUGAUCCAACUCAGGAUUCGGUUUCUAAAGAAGUUUCUCAUCGUAAGGAAACGGAAGAAAACCCUAAGAAACUGCAAAGAAAAGAGUAAGGAGUACUGUAAUGCUCUGCAGGAUUACUGCCCUUAGUUUCAGCGAUAAAACGCAGGAUUCUGUUUCCAAAGAUGUUUCUCAUCGUAAGAAACCAGAAGAGAAACUUGAAAAGCUGUGAGGGUUACUGUAGAUUUUUCAGAACCUCUGAGAAUCCUUAUAGAGAUCCGGUCAAGAAAAACGGUUCGAAUGAGGCUUCCCACGACAAAAAAGCUGGAAAAGAGACUGAGAAACUGAAAAAGAAGGAGUGGGAGUUACUGUAGAUUUUUUAAGACUACUGUAUUUUUUUUCAGCGAUCCAACGCAGGAAUCUAUUUCCAAAGAGGCUCCUCACAGCAGGAAAACGGGAGAUAAGUCGAAGAAAAGGGAGAAGUAAGGAUUACUGUAGAUGUCUCAAAGGUACUGUAAUUCAUUCCUGCAGAGAUCAAGCCGGCAAAAAUGGUCUAAAGGAAGUUUCGAGCAAAAAGGUUGAAGAGAAGCCGAAGAAGAAAGAGUUGAGAUUACUGUAGCCUCUUCAAGACUACCGUAUUUUUUUUGCAGAGAUCCAGUCAAGGUAACGAAAGAAGUUUCACACAAAAAACGCGCUGAGGAGAAUUUUAAAAAGUUGGAAAAGAAGGAGUGAGGAGUACUGUAGAAACUUUAAUGAUUACGGUCUUACAGGGAGCAUGAAAGGAAACACGGCUCAAAAGAUUCGACAGAUAAAAAGUAAUCUAGGAUUACGGUAGCCUUACUGUAGCCUUUCUUCUAGAUCCGAUGACAAAGCAGGAGCCAAGGAACCCUUGAAAGCCGAAACGAAAAAGACGAAUCGGAAUAAGGAAAUGUAAGGAAUACUGUAGCUUUCUUGGAGAAUACAGUAACCUUUUCAGAAAGUCUCAAGAAAAAAUCAAAUCGAAGGAAAGCACGUAAGAAUUACGGCACUUACCGUAGCCAAUCGUUUACUUUUUUUCAGAAAAGCUGUAACUAAAUCGACAAAGACGGAUAAAAUCAAUAAAAAGACGGCUGUCAGGUUACUGUAGCUUUUUUAUUAGGUUUACUGUAUUUUUCAUAGAAAGGGGAUCACGCCAACGAGCUUCCCAAUGUCGCCAGUUCCGCCCAAGAUUAAAUGA